AUGGGUUCUAUCGUCAAUUCAUCUGAGAAAGCUGUUGCGGGCAUCUUCAACUCGUACAUUGCUGCUUGCGGUAUCGCCGCAGCUUGGGAGGUUGGACUUCUAGAUGAAUUCCGCACCAACAAAACUGUGAAUAUUGACAGUUUUGCGACUGUAAAUGGCCUGGACAAGAGAUCCACACGUGGUUUAAUCUCUGCACUCACCACGGCUGAUGUACUCAAGUACAAUGGUACUCAUGUCGUGCCAGGGGGACUUUUUGAAGAGGCCUACCGUACCAAAAGUCUAUUCCAUUGGCUCACUCUCGGGUCAGGCAGUGUUUUCUCGCGCAUGCAGUACAUCUUGCGCAACGAGAAUCGGGAGGGGAAUUUCUUUUCUCGAGAUUCUGCCGCUAUUGCAUACGCAUGUCGUGAUGCAAACGAGCAGUUCAUCGACCCGGUCUUUCUCAAAGCUGUAAAUUCAACAGGCCUCAACUAUACAUCCGUUGUGGACCUCGGAAGUGGCAGCGGCGCCAGGUUGAUGCAAAUUCUCGACCGAUUUCCGAAUAGCACUGCGAUCGGAAUUGAUAUCGCUGGUCCAGCAAUCAAAUUUGCCCAGACCGAUGCUGAAAAGCGCGGAUACAGCGGCCGCAUCACCUUCCUUGAGGGGGAUGUGAGGAAGCUCGAGUAUCGACAAGAGUUUGCUCAAGUUGACAUGAUCACGUCAUUCCUCAUGGGCCAUGACUUUUGGCCUCGGAAUGAUUGCAUUGAUAGUUUAAGGAUGUUACGGAAAGCCUUUCCGAAGGUUCGGAAGUUCUUUCUCUGCGACACCAUGAGAAUACUCGUGGAUAACCCUGAGACACGAUAUGCAGUGUCGGAGGACUGCGUGCCUAUUUUCACACUAGGAUUUGAAUUUGGUCACGCCCUCAUGGAUGUCACCUUACCCACAGUAGAAGAUUGGGAAGGAGUCUUCGAGUCCGGUGGUUGGCGAUGUGUCCAGCAGCAUCACAUGAUGCCACCCUCCCUUACCAUGCUUUUUGAGUUGGAACCCUUGGAGGGACUGGAGUCUUAG